AUGGAGGACCCUCGUUACAACUUUUUCAAUAUGACUGGUCCUAUUGGUAUUCCUCGCACGCGUGAUGGACGCGAGAUCAAAAGUGGCGUGGCAGCGGUCGUGCGGAGGCACAUUGAGACCAAGCACUGUGGCCAGUUUCAGUUCCGGGGUCUCUACGUGGUGAGCUACGAGGACUCUGUGGCCUGGUUCGGUUACCCGGCCGACGAUACGGAGGGUUAG